AACCCCUAUCAGUCAACCAGGCCGGAUGUUCGAUCGCUCUGCUGUUGAUUAACAAUCCCCGAUCCAGCAGCAACAACUUCACACACACACACACACACACACACACACAGAGAGAGAGAGAGAGAGCCCCUACUCCCCACGCACCCACACAAGCGUGUCGUUUCUUUUGUGUGAAAUCUCGCUGGGUGUUUUAUAACAAUGGCUGAUGAAGAAUUAGAAGUCAUCAGACAGCAACGAAUGGCCGAACUGCAGGCGAAAAAUGCGGACCCUUCCAGUGAGCAGCAGGGACAGCAGGAGGCCAAACAGAGAGAGACAGAAAUGAGGAAUUCAAUAUUGGCGCAAGUGUUGGAUCAGUCUGCCCGUGCCAGGUUGAGUAAUUUGGCUCUUGUAAAGCCAGAUAAAUCAAAAGCUGUGGAAAAUUACCUGAUACAGAUGGCUCGCUUUGGACAGCUUGGAGGAAAGAUUACAGAGGUUGGUUUGAUAGAAAUCCUUGAAAAAGUCAGUCAACAAACAGACAAGAAGACCACUGUAAAGUUUAACCGGCGGCGGGUGAUGGACUCCGAUGAAGACGAUGAUGACUGAUAUGCGGGCGUCAACAGUCACACAGGCUUUCUGUACUCGCUGGCAGGUUAUCUGGUAAUCUGAUAAACUUCUGACCACAAUCAUGACUAAACCACCAAUAGUCCUGCUCAAAACACUCUCAGCCAAAGAUCUGUGGCGUUACAGGAACUCUUCAUUUCAAUACUUUUUGUUCUUUCAUCUUUCACUUUAGCUCAUUCUUUUUACGUUUCUUUGCCUCAAAACCACUCAUUGCAGCGACACAACUACAGUUUUAGAGACUUUUUGAGAAUACGGUGGACUUUUCUGCUCUGUCGUUAUUGCAGUAAUUAUAACCCACUGUCUCAUAUCUCUGUUUUGUGUGUUUUUUUUGUUUUUUUUUAUUGUGGAAGAGACAUGAAUGUGCAAGUGUUUACAUAAUAAAAAGCCUUAAACUACAAUUUAGGAUGAUAUUCUUGCUAUGUCGCAUGACAUGACUAUGUACAGUAUUAUACUAAGUAUACCUUAGUAAAUGCAUCUGUCUUUUUGGAUUCAUGAAAACAAUGAAGAAAGUGUUUAGGAUAAAUUAUAAAAAGUUUGUAAGAAUGUGCAAAAAAAUGAGAAAUUAUAAGCGCAUUCUUCAGAAGUCUUUUCAGUAGUACAGCAUAUUCCAAUUUCCCAUUUUUAAAUCACUCUUAAGAGAGUUUUCCACGGUACGUGGGGGGUGGCAAACAUUGCUUGUGAUCUUGCUGCCUCUCAUGUGUAUCAUUUUUCAUUGACACGAGGCUGUGCGAAUUGUGCCAGUGCAAGUGCAGUGAUGCCACCUUCUGCUUCAGUGUUGCAUGUAAGUGAUAGCACAUAAAACCAAAUAAAAUGACACUUAUUCAAAUAAUGUUAUUUCUAUAAAUAUUGCAUUAAGCUAUUUUGUAAUGUUACUGUAAUAUUAUAAAUUGAAUGUUUAAUUGCUAAAAAUGUAAUUGUGUAUGUAUUGUUGGCCUCUUGCCAUCUGUCUCCACAUGUGAUGAGCUCCACAUUUUCUUUAUUGAGUAAUAAAAUUAGUAACUGAA